AUGCGCAGCUUCUCGGAGCCGUGCGUCCCAGGUGAGGAACCACACAUCUUUCCAACCAGACUCGGAGAUUCAGCCCGCCAGGGGACCAUCUUGUCCGGACCUUCGCUCUUCUCAGCCAUGGCCCUAGCCUCCCGGAGCUUAACAGAUCCGGGUUUGGAUGCCGGCGCGGUCCCAGUGACACUCCAGUCGCAACCGGAGCAGAUUCUGUGCCGGCCUCCCGGAAUUCUGGAGGAAAGAGGACUGACAGAGGAUGAACCGAAAGUUUAUUUGGAAGCCAAAAACCUUUGGACACAGUUUCACAAAUUCGGAACUGAAAUGGUCAUUACAAAAUCUGGAAGGCGCAUGUUCCCGCCGCUGAAGGCCCGGUGCACCGGGAUGGACAGAGCAGCCAGAUAUGUUGUUCUGAUGGACAUCGUGGCGGCGGAUGACUGCAGAUUUAAGUUCCACAAUUCCCGCUGGAUGGUGGCGGGGAAGGCGGACCCGGAGAUGCCCAAACGCAUGUACAUCCACCCGGACAGUCCGGCGACGGGCGAGCAUUGGAUGUCCAAAGUGGUCAACUUCCACAAACUUAAACUGACCAACAACAUCUCCGACAAGCAUGGAUUUACCAUUCUAAACUCCAUGCACAAAUACCAGCCGAGGUUCCACAUAGUGAAGGCUCCUGACAUCCAGAAGCUUCCCUACAGCACUUUCAGGACGUAUGUGUUCAGUGAGACGCAGUUCAUCGCAGUCACAGCCUACCAGAACGACAAGAUAACGCAGCUGAAAAUAGACAACAAUCCUUUCGCUAAGGGAUUCCGGGACACGGGCAAUGGAAGAAGAGAAAAGAGGCAAGAGGAGAUGAGUUCCUGGAUCGCGGCGGUCCUGAACGCCGGCUCCGAGCGCUCCGACCGCUCCGAGCCUCCCGGCAGCAUCCCGGGAACACCGGUGUCGGGUCGGGCUCAGACGCUGCCCAACGAGUCGAGUCCCGGGAAGAGAGAGAAGGACAAAGAGAAGGAGAAGGAGAAGCGCUUCAGCCUGUUCAGCAAGAAGAAGCAGUAG